AUGCCCAUCAAACAAGUCCGCCAGCUGACGUUGGGCAACAUUUGGGUUUUAAGCGGUGACGAGGAGCAUAGGAAACGGCGAGAGAGAGAGGGAAAAGACCGCGCGGCCACUUGGCCUAUCUACCUACCUAUGCGUAUGCAUAACUGGGGAAAUCGGCAAUAUCAGAAACCGGCAAGGAGUGCUAGUCCCAACGGCCGCAUGCGCGCAUUCGUGGCAUCGGCACUGUUCUUCCUGCGCUCCGGCAAGCCGUCAUCUAUAACCUCAUGUAGGAAAUCCAUGGUUAGGCAAGGCGACGCUCAGAUGGGCCGUGUUUCAAGCGAAUGCAGCACGCCCCCAGCGCCCAGCGCUUUGAAUCGGGAUCUAAUCGGAACAAGCCCCGCGAUCCGCAUGCUUGUCAUACGAGCCUCAGCAAGGGAGCGUGAAACGCAACAACGGCGGCGGCUGGCAACGGAUCGCGGGUGUAGGUGGCCGUCCGUGUAUCCAAGGCAGUUUGAUGGUGCCGCUGCUUGCAUGUGCUCCUGUCGUGGGCUGUCGUGGUCUGAAGGUGGUGGUGACGGCAGACAGGCGUUCUGUAUGGACGCCUCCAGAGCGCCUCGUUCCCUCAAAUUCGGAGCUGCGGUCAGAGCUGCGUGUGUGACGCCGAUUCCCAGCUUUUACGAGGCACCAUAUGGCGUAGCUGGCAGGCUGCUACUAAGAUACUGCGUACCUAUACUACCAAGGUAUUGGCCAGGACAUGUGUCCUUUGUACGUGUCGGCCUGCGCCCGCCGCAUGUCUACCUCGCAUCACACACUUACAUGGACUUACAUGUGAAUUGCGCGGCCCAUCAUGCGCGGCAGGCUAGCUGCUGCUCGUCGAUAUUCAUGUACUGGCCUGCAAAAUCCAUGCCACUGAAUGCGAGUGUGCCGCGUGCGCGUGCAUCUUGUACGCCUCGCUGCCUUAACGGGCCCUGUAUUGCCCAGUCUCCGGUCAAAACCCCCGAGCCCAACACUGUCGGGAAGUUGGAGGGGGACACGAUGUUCGUCUUUGCUGGAAUGGCCUUCUCUCGCAAGGGAAAGGCGAGGCGGGUAUUUCAGUCCCAGCCGAUUGGACAGACCCUGUUUUCAAGGCCGUUGUCGAUGCAGCGCCCCCUAGCCUUCAAGCCGGCAUUAGCAGAAAGAAAUGGACCCAUGCUUAUACGUACAUCGAGCUGUUGGUUCGGUGGUGCUACUUGGAAGGGGAGCGGAGAAGAGCAAUCCUCCUCUAUGAUUCAAGGCACUCCAUCAAAGAGAGUCUGCAUCUGCAAAGGUGUGGGGAAUCCAACAAGGGGUGGCAAGGGUGCAGGAGACGCUCUGCGGCCUGACAUUCAAGAUCCAGUAGCACCACUCGUAUAUGUGUACCGCCUAGCCGGAGUAGUCGGCUCCUCCUACUGCAGGUCCCCAGCUUCCGGGUCGCGCAGUUGA